AUGGUAGGUCCCCUUGGCUCUCAAAUUACGAAUGCGUUUUUCGGAAUCUUAAAUUCAAUUUGGAUUUCAAAAUACGUUGGCGAUAUUGGUACAUCAGCUGUCGGAAUUGAUGUUCUUUGGGAACAAAUGGCCCGUGGAUUUGGCUUAUUUUUAAUGUGCGCGGCUAGUACACAAAUAUGCAAAUUAUUUGGCAAAUGCGAGUUCAAAGAAGCCGAACAGGUUGUUUGCGAUUUACUUAGAGUAGCUUUAAUAUGCGGAAUGGUCGUUCCAGCUUUACUUUUACCCAUAAAUAAGCCAUGUUCGAAAUGGUUCGGAGCAAGUGAUAUAGUUACAAACGCCGCUUUCAGAUACUUACUACCACAAUGUGUUGGUAGUGUCUUUACAUGCUUAUUCCUUGCUUGUUGUGGCUUCCUUCAAGCUGAAGGUCGUACAUUACUUAUCGGAAUCAUUUAUUUAGUCUCAUUAGGCAUAGGUAUGGGUGCUCUCAAUCCAUUAUUCCUUGCUGUAUUCAAAACAGGUAUUAUUGGUCCUUCAAUUGUCGUUGUUAUCUGUGAUGGCAUUCCCGGAAUUAUAUUAAUUAUCCUUUACUUCUGCGGAGUCUUCGAUAUCAAGCCAUCAUUGAAAGGUUUGUUCAAACCAUUCUCACACGCAACAUACCAAGGACUUCUUGUUGGUAGUUCCCAGUUAAUUCUCCAAAUUUGCAUGAAUUUACCAGGAAUUUUGGUCAGAAAGCUGAUCGGCAAAAGUGUAGCUAAUUCAGAUGAAUACGAAUACGCAAUGGCUGGUUUUAACACACUUUGCAGAUACCAAGCUUUCAUUAAUAUGGUUGUUUUAGCAUUAUGUGCAGGAUAUUUACCUGCAGCAAGUUAUGCUUAUUCCGCUGACAUGUGCAAGAGAUAUCUUCAUCUUACCUUUCAUUUGAACUGGCUUUCCUUGGUUUGGUGUGUCAUUACAACCACUCUUUGUUUUGUUUUUCCGAAAGAAAUUUCAAAAUUGUUUGGAAAAGGAGAAAAAUACAUUUAUUACUCAUCCCAUAUGCUGAAGAAUGGUAAUAUAGUAACAUUCAUAUUAUUCACAAGGUUGACUAUCCAGAAUAUGCUGCAAUCCCAACAGAAAGGUAUUCGUGCAAUGAUUAUUUCUGUCAUUUCUAAUUUUGUUUCUCAUAUAACUUUUGUUUCGAUUUUAUACGUAACAAACAAGCAUAAUGUUGUAAGACUAAUGUACGUGUAUCCUAUAUCAUACUCCCUUGGAUUUAUCCUUGGUAGUAUCUUGUUAAUUAAGCCUUUGUAUGAAGUAAUUCGGAAAUCGAAAUCUGAUAUGGAAGGAUAUACCGAGAUAUAG